CCCAGUAAAAAUAUCAAAAACCCGCACUUAAACAAACCGCACACAGUGUACAAUGGUGCGCGAGUUCCACUAUAUUAGUACUCAACCGCUGGAGACUUCGAUUCAUUUUUAAAUUCACUGCGAACGGAAACGAACGACUCGACGGAAGCGCUUCUCUUGGUGACGGUUUAGAAACGGUUGAAUACGGUCCAGUGUGUUAGUGUUUUCGAACUAAGCGUGUGAUAAAGUGAUUGUGUUCCUCUGUUUGAUUCACAGUGCAACAACGAAAUAAAAGAUAAUAUUGAGAAAUAGCGCAUCGAAACACACACAGCCCAAUCAAGUGUGGAUUUGCGAAAUUUUGGUACCGAAUUACUGCCGCUUGUUCAGGAGAUAUCCAACAAAAAAUAAUUUUGAGUUUUGUGCAAAUAUAUAAGUUGUUUGUGACCCGUUUGCGCCUGUGUGUUCCAAGCAAGAUGGUUGUGCUAGCCAGCACGAAAACGAAACAUCUGUCAUCGACCACAGCUACCACCUACCGGCAAAAGAGCACUACCAUCAAGAAGCGGUACAGAGAUACCUAUCGCGUGAUGGGUGGGUUUGAGCAGCGUCCCUGGACACCGACGAAGCGGCGGGGACCGAUCGCGGCAGAACACCGUGGCCCAGGGCCACAAUAUCUUCUACCACAACUGCUCGGUACGAAAGUGGUAGACUCGAAACGGCAAGCCGCACCCGCCUACAGCUUCGGUCAGCGACACAAACCACGCACGGAAUCGUUCAGUCCGGGUCCGCUCUACAACAUCACCGGGCUUGGCUGCAAGGGAAAGGAUGCUCCACCGGCCUACUGCUUGCAGAGUCGUCCGAAGGAGAUACCGAAAUAUCUGACACCGGCACCGGGAGAGUACAAUAUAGAAAAGUCGGACAAAAUGUUGGUUAAAUCCGCACCGAAGUAUACGUUCGGUGUGAAGAAGCCACCAAAUCCGACCAGCCAAACACCAGCUCCCGGCGACUAUAAGCCCGAACGUGUCACAUUCGAUAGCACACCGAAGUUUUCGUUUGGCAUCAAAACGGAGAGUAAAAUACGCAACGACACACCAGCACCCGGUACCUAUUCGCCGGAGAAAGUAUUGAAAGACAAAUCACCAAAGUAUAGCUUUGGGUUGAAAGUAAUACCGGAAAAGAUUGAAGAAACGCCGGCACCCGGUGCCUACCAACCAGAAAGAGCACUUGCAUUGGAUAAGAAACCGGCGUACAGCUUUGGUCUGAAGACGAUCGUCGAGAAACCGAACAAUACUCCCGCACCGGGAGCUUAUGAGCCGGAGAAAGUGAAGAUAAACAAUACGCCGUCGUACAGCUUCGGCAUCCGGUCCGCAAUCGAAAAGCCGAACUCCAAUCCUGCACCGGGCGCAUACGAGCCGGAAAAGGCCAAGAAGCUGAUCGAUCACUCGCCCGCAUUUGCAUUCGGCAUGCGCAUCAAUCAUGACAAGCCUAACAAUACGCCCGGACCGUCCGCGUAUCAGGUGGAGAAGGUGAAUCUAGAUCACCAACCGGCGUACAGUUUCGGGCUGCGCACGAACGUAUCGAAGCCGAACAUAACGCCCGCACCGGGUGCAUACUGCCCGGAGAAGGCAAAUCAAGAUUCUACCCCGAAGUAUAGCUUCGGAAUCCGACCGACAAUCGAUAAACCGGACAAUAUACCCGCUCCUGGAGCGUACUCUCCCGAGAAGGCCAAAGUAGAUAGUAGUCCAGCGUACAGCUUCGGUGUGCGCUCCAAGCCAGACAAACCAAGUGCCAAUCCCGGUCCGGGAGCGUACGAUGCGGACAAGCUGGCGGAUGGAAAGUCUCCGGCGUACUCAUUUGGACUUCGGCCAGAGGUUGGCAAACCGAACAAUAUGCCCGGUCCCGGAGCAUACAAUGCGGAUCGCGUUGAUCACGCUACACCGGCAUAUUCGUUCGGUGUCAAGACAAACACGGACAAGGUGGAACGAAUCCCUGGACCGGGUGCAUAUGAUGCAGACAAGGCGAUGGAUAAAUCCUCACCCGCAUAUUCGUUCGGUGUGAAGACGAACGUACAGAAGCCAAGCGUAGUGCCUGGACCGGGUGCGUACGAUGCAGAUAAGCAGGACAAAUCAUCUCCGGCCUAUUCGUUUGGUGUGAAAACCAACGUAGACAAGCCAAGUGUUAUACCCGGACCGGGUGCGUACGAUUCAGAUAAAGUAGUGGACAAGACAUCACCAGCGUACUCGUUCGGUGCCAGAACAAAUGUCGAUAAGCCCAGCAUGGUUCCCGGACCGGGUGCCUAUGAUUCGGACAAAGUUAAUGACAAAUCAGCUCCGUCAUAUUCGUUCGGCGUGAAGACCAAUAUGGAGAAACCGAACGCAAUUCCUGGCCCAGGUGCGUACGAUGCGGAUAAAGUGAUUGAUAAAUCUACGCCAGCAUAUUCUUUCGGCGUCAAGCCUAACUUGGAUAAGCCGAACGCAAUUCCAGGACCUGGAGCUUACGAUGCGGAUAAAGUGACCGACAAGUCUUCCCCUGCAUACUCUUUCGGUGUAAAGACCAACAUGGAAAAACCGAACGCAAUUCCUGGCCCAGGUGCCUACGAUGCGGACAAAGUGCACGAUAAAUCCACUCCAGCCUAUUCCUUUGGAGUGAAGCCUAACUUAGAUAAGCCAAAUGUUAUUCCUGGCCCAGGAGCUUAUGAUGCGGAGAAAGUGAAUGAUAAGUUCUCCCCUGCAUAUUCGUUCGGUGUUCGAACGAACGUCGAAAAGCCCAGCAUCAUUCCUGGCCCAGGUGCGUACGAUGCAGAUAAAGUGAUCGACAAGUCUUCCCCAGCAUUUACGUUUGGCGUUAAGCCAAACAUCGACAAGCCCAAUAUUAUUCCCGGACCGGGUGCGUAUGAUGCGGACAAGGUCAUAGACAAGUCGUGUCCAGCGUAUUCGUUCGGAAUUAAGACGAAUGUUGAGAAGCCUAAUAUUAUUCCCGGCCCGGGAGCUUAUGAUGCGGACAAGGUUAUAGAGCGUUCUUGCCCUGCGUACUCGUUCGGAAUCAAGACGAAUGUGGAAAAACCAAGUAUCAUUCCUGGUCCGGGAGCGUACGACACCGAAAAGGUACAGGAUACGAAUACACCGGCAUAUACGUUCGGUGUGAAGCAUCAGACGACGAAAGUUAUUCCAACACCAGCCCCAGGUGCAUACUUCCCGGAGAAGUAUGUCUGUCCCCAUCCAGCUUUUACGUUCGGCGUAAAGCCACAUAUCGAUAGGAUCGAUAUUAUUCCAGCCCCGGGAGCUUACAAUCCGGAAGCGGUAAAGCUGGACAACAGCCCCGCAUUCACGUUCGGUGUGAAACCAGUAAUUGAUAAGGUUGAUAUGACACCGGCACCAGGCACAUACUCGGUGGAAAAAGUUAAGCUGGAUCACUCGCCAGCGUAUCCGUUUGGAAUUAAGGUGCACCGCGAGAAGCCGAACAAUGUACCAGCUCCCGGAACUUACAAUCCCGAUAAAGUGAAGAUGGAUCACUCACCAGCGUACAGUUUUGGCAUAAAGCAUAAAGGUGAAACACUAAGAGAUACACCGGCACCAUCGACAUAUCAACCGGAAAAGUGUAAAACCGACUGUUCCCCAGCGUACAGCUUCGGCGUGAAGGUAAAUCACGAAACGAUCACUCACGACGGUCCAGCACCAAACGAAUACCACAUCCCGAACGUGCUCGGUUCGAGCAAGGAAGGGCCGAUCCGUUCGGCGCCAGCCUACACAAUCACCGGCCGACAGAAGCAAACUCUUCCUGAGUGCAUUGGGUUCCCCGGUCCCGGUCACUACGACGCGAAGAUCGAUCCGCUGGUAAGACGGGCCCCGAUGUUCUCGAUGGCGACCCGGUUCCGACGACCGACGGAUGAAGCACUCAAGCCCGGACCGGCCGCACACUAUCCGGAAAAGGGUUUGAAUCUGUUCCAAAGAGUUCCUGCCUAUUCCUUUUCCAUUCGGCACUCCAACUAUCUGGCACAGAAGUCACCCACAUAUGUGAACAGUUUGAAACCAUGCUUCUGGAACUGAAGAGAGCGCGAGUUUUGGAGAAACAUAGAAAUCAUGUAAUUAUAAUUGUUAUCUUUCCGUAUCUCUCGUGGUUCUGUUUAUCAUCCUCGUUCGUUCAUCGAUGGCGAUACUGGGAAUUUCGGGCGGGGCCCAUCAUCAUCUUUGCCUCAUCAUUGCACACAUAAACAUGCUCUACAGAUUAACCUCGGGCACGUACCGGCCUACAGCUUUGGCAUCAAGCAUUCGGAAUAUUUGGGCGAUUUUCCGGAACCACCACGAUACCGCAAUCAGCUGGUGAUUUAAGCCGCUGUCAAGCUUUGCCACGAGAUACACCAAAUCCACCAGGUGACUUUAAGCUUCUGUCCACUUCCAAACCCCGGCCGCAAGCUACGUUGCACGACGAAUGCGAAACACUUUUUAACACUGUUGUCCGUACCGUAAUGCCUUUUGGUGCUUUUGCUCCUGCUGUGAGAAGCCAACGCUGCAACGGUUUGUUGCAAUGUUGCAGCAGAAUGAAGAAAUAAAAAAAAACAACACACAACAAGCAUACAACAUCUAACAUACCGCUGCCGAAACCGAUUGUAGCGAUAGAAUUAUUAUGAAACAAGCAUUAAUGUUCGAUGUAUGACUAAUUUUGCAAGAAAGAGAGAAUGAAAACAAACACAAAGGAA